UUGUGCAAUUGUAGAUUUUAUGAUCAUGAUACCAAAUUUUAUUUCUACAGGAUUUCCUACAGAUGCAUUGUAUCAGCACCCACUACAGUUUCCAGAUAAUGAAGUGUGUAGGAGAGAAUCCUUGUUCAUACUGCACCAUGAAUCCAGCCAGACUACCUGAUGAUGUACUUACUGGUCUCUCAUUUCUUCCAUGUCCAGUACCAGAUGACAGUGGUGUUCAUUAUAAAACUUUUCAAGAGGUGUAUGGAAAGAAGGUGGAUGACAGUCAUCGUCCAUCAUCCAAACAGAAUUCUGACUUCAGUGAGGAGGCACAGAAUGCAGAUAAACAGAAUCGUGACACAUUAAAAACACAGAAAGCAAGAGAUAUCAUCCCCUGUGGCGAAUGUGGAAAACCCAGACUACUAUUUUCCCCAUCCAAACUUACUCAUGAACAG